AUGCGGACGCUCUGGAGCCAGGUGACUCGGCAGGCGCGGGGCAGCCCCCGCUCCAGGACCGCCACCAGCAGCUCCGCCAGCCUCUGCGAGCAGGGAGAAGAGUGGCUGCACCGGGCCGCCCGGGCCGGCCGCCCGCCCGCUCCCGCCGGCACCCACCUUCCUAUCCGCCUGCUGGGCGUCGUCGAACUGACGCUGGGGCCACGCUCGCACCUGGGGCGGCGACCGCGGAUUGAAGCCGCAGCCUGCGGGAGUCUCCUCGCCUGGACAGUGCCGACCCAAGUCCGGCGGCCCGACCGGCCCAUCGCCGCUGGGCCUCCGCGCGCAGCAGGCGGGCAUCGCUGGAGGCGCUCUGCGGGGCGGCAGCAGUUCGGGGCCUUUUCCGCGGGACUCCCCAGCCUCCCUGCUCGGGGCGUCGCUCUGCAGGACCCAGUUCCCCGCAGGCCCUCCCUCCAGGGUCUGCGCACACCCUCCGAAGCUCAGAACCCUGGUGCUGUGGAGGAGAUUCUAGACCGGGAGAACAAACGCAUGGCCGACAGCCUGUCCUCCAAGGUCACCAGGCUCAAGUCGCUGGCCCUGGACAUCGACAGAGAUGUGGAGGACCAGAGCCGGUACCUGGACGGCAUGGGCUCGGACUUCGAGAGUGUGACGGGCCUGCUCACCGGGAGCGUGAAACGCUUUUCCUCAAUGGCACGGUCAGGUCGUGACAACCGGAAGCUUCUCUGUGGUAUGGCCGUGGGCCUGAUCGUGGCCUUCUUCAUCCUCUCCUACCUGGUGUCCAGGGCACGGACGUGAGCCAAGGGACUGAGCUCUGAGGGGCCUGCAGCCACCAGGGUCCUCCCCUGCCCGGUGCGCUGGGGUCCAAGGACUACCACGAAAUACUCCUUUGAAACAACGGGCGUGGCUUGGGAGCCUCCUUCCUGCGUGUCUGGGGCCCCUGCUGCCCUGACCCAGUGGUCCCUGUGGCUGGGCCGUGGGUGCAAAGGGGCCCUGGGGGAAGCAGGUCUGCUCCUUCCGCCAUGCUGGGUGCAGAGGUGCCUGCAGGGCUGGGGCUGAGCAGAGCCGCUGGGAGCCCUUGACGUGGCCACCGGCGUGGGACCUCCAGCCCUUCUCUGGGUCCUUGUGGCCCUGACGUCUUUGUCUAGGGGAGGCCCCCUCGUGCAUCUGAGGUGACUGGUGUGGACACAGGACGUGGGUGUGGCUCUGAGGCUCAGGCAGUGCCGUUUCCGGCGACCCGAAGCCCCCUCGAGACCUGGGUCCUCGGUCCUGCAGCUGCAGCAAGCCUGCGGUAGGGCAAGGGUCGUGCCCCGUGGCCUGUGGCCUUGCCUCAUGACCUCGCACCCAGGAGCGGACUCGUGCUUGCCCAGGAAACAGCUGUUACCGCAGGGAGGGCGCACAGGCGGGCCAGAGCAGCAGCGUCAGACUCACCUGUGUUGUCAGCAGGGCAGGGCCCCCGCGUUGGUCUAGAAAGUACGGUCCCCGCCGGGCCCGGCCCCUCCUCCCACAGCGAGCCUCCCUGGGGAGGGUCCUGAGCACAUCCCCACGCACCCCUCCCUGGCUCUCGUGCCCACCUGGUCCCCCGCAGCAUGGGCCAGGGCACUAGCUUGGGCCUGCCGGUGGCUUCCUCCCCCAUCCGCUCCUCUUGCCUGAAACGGCUGAGGAAGUGAGGCUUCAGCUCUGCCCCGCCCCGCCACCUGCCCCCUUUCAUGCCCUGCUGCGCUAGUUGCCAGCCUCGGCAUCUCGGGGGGCUGCUGGUGUUCCCCAUGGCUGCCGGUGCUCCCACGCAGCAGGCUGUCCGUGCUGGAACACACCGAGGCCCCUUCUUUCUUCGCCCCUGCCUGCCCCUGAGGCCUGGAGCCACCCCACUUCCCUUGUAGGUCGAGGCCAGUUGACUGGCACUCCCCAGAAACGGGGCAGCUGCUCUGUCCUCUGCUCCCACCUCCCCCUGCUCCUGGCUGCCCCCUGGUGGUUGGGCCCAUCCCGGCGCAUGCUCAGCGCCUCUGUGCCAGCAGCACGGAGGGGCCUGCACCCAGCUCUGCCCUGUGGCCUUUGUGCCCGCCCUGGGCACGAGAGACUCGCCGCUGGCCCUGGCCUGCCCGUGCCUCGUGGGGGCUGACCGCAGGUGUCACCCCAGGCCAGGGGCAUGAGACUUCAACCUCUGGAAUAAACCACCUCACGACGGAAGGAACGCGGCCUGUGGUGUGUGGGUUCCCUGGGGCCGGGAGUGAUGUGUGCAGCUGGCCCAGGCCCAGGUCCUGGCCAGGGGUGCCUGUGCGCUGCCCAGUCUGGGAUGCGAGUGGGAAACGGGGGUGUCGGGAAUGCCUGCCCCCAUGCCUGCAGGUGAGGGAGGCUCUGGCUGUGUCGUGCUGUGCUGCUCCGCACCCGGGCAGCUGAGGUGCGGCUCAAGCCCUGCUGGGCCUGCCGUGAACCCGGGGCUGCCUCUGGGGCACCCCUUCUCGGGGCCAGCACGGGCCGGGGUUUGUGGGGCUGCCCCAGAUGUGUGAGGCCCCCACGACUCGGGCCUUGACAUGGGCGCCCCAGGCUCAGGGUUGGGCUGCCGCGGGCGGGCUGCCAGUGCUGGCCGCCUUUGGGUGGGGCGGAGGCACAUCCCAGGCAGCUGCUGCUGGCCGGGCUGUGGCUCCAGCGUGGCCGCAGGCCCUGGGGAGGUGCUGGGGCUGGCCUGGCCUGGCGUCC